UGGUGUCAACCUGAGCAACAAACAUGCCAUUUUCUCCAACACUGAAUUUCACUCUAGCCACAAUUAUAUUUUUCACAUGCGAGACUAAUGGAAAAGUUGCGUCGCAAAAAGAUUUGUUGCCGGCCUACUCGUCUGUAAAAAAUCUGACUUGGAUAGAAAUUUUUCGGCAAACAGAAAAUUAUUCCGAAAUUUCUCAACGACGAAGCACAGUUUUGCCAAAAAGGAAGAUGUUUCCGUUGCACUUGCUGGUUCCAAAGGUUGCAAAAAACAGCUUGUUGAUGGCUAGCCCAAAUAUAGGCCACGUGGAAUUCACGGAUGUGGAAGCGCGCAACACCACGCAUCCCACGCAUCCCACGCAACACGACAUGAACAAGAACAAGCGAUCCACUAAAGUUUAUGUUCAACCCGUUCAACAUGCUAAAGAACCAAAUGAAAAGGGAAAACACGAGGGAAAUGAAAAGGAAAACCAGCAGGGAAAUGUAAAAGGGAACGAAAUGGCAGAUAUUCGCCUGAUUGGGUGGAAAUGGCAAGAUGUGGGGGUGUUUAUUACCUUUGCAAUUUUUGUUUUCACAGUGGGUUAUGCUAAAGUUGCUUUUCACCACACUCACUUCUUAGAAGCAUAUUUGCCAGAGUCUUUCUUAAUGCUUGCCCUUGGCGCAGCUGUUGGAUUCAUAUUAUACGUCCUAGGCUACCGCAUGCCACUGGAUUUGGACACAGAAAAAGCCGCACCGUCAGCGCCAACUGGAUACCAAUUUUACCAUUACAAAAAUCAAGCACAACAAUCGACCACCGAGACUCCUGAGAGUCCUGAAAGUACGGACGAUGAGUUUUCUUUUCCUCACUUUUCGCCUAAGCUUUACUUUUUAAUAUUGAUUCCUCCAAUAAUUUUGGAGCAGUCAUAUGCACUUUAUGAUUCAGAGUUUUCAGAGAGCCUCUAUCCUAUCCUACUAUUUUCAAUAUUGGGAAAAUUGAUCAGUACUUCUUCGAUUGGACUGAUCCUACACGCGCUCUCUUAUUACAAAGCGAUGCCGCCGCUCCCGUCAAAGGGAAACGAUCAACAGUGGCUUCAUUUGACAGACAGCCUUGUUUUCGCCUCAAUUAUAUCUGCAGUCGAUCCAGUUCCAGUUUUAGGGUUGCUGCACGAAGCAGGUGUCAACAAGCACCUUUAUUUCCUAAUUUUUGGUGAAUCUUUAUUGAAUGACGCCGUCUCAGUCUCAUUGUACAGUUCUAUGGUUGCAUUCACGGGACCUGUCAAAGUCCUAGAAUCUCAGUAUGGAAUGGCAGUUUUGGCGUUUAUAAUCAAAAGUUUAGGAGGACUUUUGAUUGGCGUGAUUUUUGGACUUAUCUCGGCGCUUGCGGCAAGAACUACCGAACAUCACAGAACUGUUGAGCCGCUGACUUUACUAGGAUUGGCUUACAUUUCAUAUUUAGUAGCCGAGGUCAUUCAAUUUUCCGGACACAUAUGUUUGAUAUGUUGCGGCCUGUUGCAAGCGCAUUAUGCUUUUCAGAAUAUUUCUUUCACUUCGUACAACUCAAUAAUUCAUUUUAUAAAAAUGCUAAGUUCAACUAGUGACGCCAUAAUUUUAAUGUUUCUUGGAAUGGCCAUGAUAAAUUACUCACACGUUUGGCACACAAGCUUCAUUCUUUGGACGCUCCUACUUUGUUUUGUGUGUCGAUUUUUUGGAGUCUACAUUCUAGCUAUGUUUCAUAAUUUAACUAGCUCCAGGUGGAUUAAUUUCCGCGAUCAAACGAUUUUGGCCUACUGUGGUUUAAGGGGCGCCCUUUGCCUUUGCCUAGCCCAUAUGCUAAACGACUCCAGAGUUCCACAAAAAUCACUGUUUGUCACAACAACUUUGGUCGUAAUAUUAUUUACGACACUAGUCCAAGGAGGAACUGCACAACUUUUGUUGCGCUGCCUGUGCAUUAAAAGACAAAACGACGAGAGCGAAACAUUGAAUGAGGGGAUUGCUAAUUCCGUAUUCAGCCUUGCACUAUGUGGCAUUGAAUCCAUCACAGAAACAAAAGGAAACGGAUACAUAAAAAGAACACUUGAAAAAUUUGAAGAAACGUACUUGAAGAAAAUAUUUUUGUCAAGAAACGCUGACCACGAAUUGCAGAGGAUGUUCCAAAGACUAGUUUUAGAGGGCCAUAUCUCUAGCAGAGUUCCGUCUGGAAAGGUAAAAAGUAGAUACGAAACUAAGGUGUUACGUGGAAAACCGGAUGGAAAACUGCGAUUUUAUCCCAACACAAAACCUUGGGAGCAAUUACGUAGAAUAGACCAGCAUAGACCGUUCAGAGUGGAGAGACGAAAGAAUAAAAAAAUAAAAGAGGAACAACACAACUUUAAAAUCAUGCAUGAGCAUUUUGACGAAAUUCAUCAUCGAGGGCCAAUUUUGAUAGAGUUGCACGAUGCCAUUCCACCAUCUGACUUAAAUCAGGGCAGGAAAUUGUACCUGGCGCGUGUUCGGAAAACUUCAGCAGAAGAGAGAUUACGGGAGAAAAUAACAGAGCAUUUGCAAAAUAUAGAAAUCCCACUAGUUAGAGAAGCAUUUGUAGAAAAUUGAAAGAUUAGCUUUUUCAUUACUUUAUGCAACAUGUACGAGAUAAAAUGUUUAAUAUGCAAAAUAAUGUAUAAUAUAUUUUUUUCAUAUAUUACACAAAAUUUAAAAAAAAAAUUGAUUUUUAGAAUAUUAACUCGUUCUUGUUGAUGAUUAAAUUUGUGAUUUUAAAAUGCAACUAUUGCUCAAUGAUGUGGGGUUUGAGGAAUUUUUUUGCUCGUAUAACCAAUUCCAUAAUUAUAUCUUCUCUGUUUGGUUUACGCAACGCAGAUUGGGCCAACAGCCAACUCCUGCACAUAUAGCAACAAUCAACCCGUCUAAUGUCGUCACUUGGCGCCUUUGAUAAGUUGGACGCUCAAAAUUUGCCUUGUUUCCCCGCAAAAAUCACGCUUACAACAGGCUGGCUUGAAAUAAUGUCAUUUUGUAAGUUAAAUUAGCAAAUGAUUAAACGUUUGUAUAUCAUAACAUUUCCAAGAACGUAUUAUAAAGACAAAAAAUUUAGUGGUGAAAAUUUUGUUCAAUCGUUAUUAUUAUUUAUUCUUCUGGGUCGUAGAAUUUAUUAAUUUUAUUUUUAGUAUAAGAAUCACUAAUUGUACGACAGCUCUUCAGUUAAUUCUUUUAGUUUAUUUCGUUUCUUGGCUUCUGCUUGCUCUUUUAAGAAUCCUCAAAAACGCUCUGGCUGGUUACUAAUUUCUUUGAUGAACUUUCUAGCAGUAUAUAGUGGAUAACAUAAAAGGCCGUUAAAGUGAAAAAAAUUAUUGGAAAAUUAAAAUAACGACGUGCAUGAGCUAAGUCUAUAAUUUGUUUUAAUUGAUAUUUUUAUUUAUUAAAAAAUUGAACUCAGAUUAUUUUAAUCUGUUUCAAUUUACAGUCUUUUAUAUUUCAUUAGUCAUUGGG